UUAGAGCCAAGCAGGAGAAUGCACAGUCCGUUUUGCAGAUUGACAAUGCCAGACUGGCAGCUAAUGACUUCAGGACCAAGUAUGAUAAUGAGAGGUCCUUGCGUCAGUUAGUGGAAAGUGACAUCAACAACCUUCGCCAGGUGCUGGAUGAACUGACUAUGUCCAGGGCGGACCUGGAGAUGCAGAUCGAGAGUCUCAGGGAGGAGCUGGCCUACCUGAAGAAGAAUCACGAGGAGGAGAUGCUUGCCUUGAGGGGUCAGACUGGUGGGGAUGUCAACGUGGAGAUGGACGCAGCUCCUGGUGUGGACCUGAGCCGCAUCCUGAACGAGAUGAGGGACCAGUAUGAGCAGAUGGCAGAGAAGAACCGCAGGGAUGUGGAGGCCUGGUUCCAGAGCAAGACCGAGGAGCUGAACAAAGAGGUGGCUUCUAACCAUGAGCUGAUACAGAGCGGCCGCAGCGAGGUGUCUGAGCUCCGCAGGGUGUUCCAGGGCCUGGAGAUCGAACUGCAGUCCCAGCUCAGCAUGAAAGCAUCCUUGGAGAACAGCCUAGAAGAGACCAAAGGCAGAUACUGCGUGCAGCUGUCCCAGAUCCAGGGUUUGAUCGGAAGCGUGGAGGAGCAGCUGGCUCAGCUGCGCUGCGAGAUGGAGCAGCAG